AGACAAAAACAAGGAUUAAAAAUUAUCUUCUAAGACGAUGGCUGGAGAAGUUGUCAUGAGAACACACACUUUGAGUCUCAUAGUUGUUGCCACCCUCCUCCAUUACGUAGCUUUUGCUAACCACUACCAUUUCAUCGUUAAAGAAGCUUCGUUCGAAAGGCUGUGCAAAUCAAAGGAAAUUCUAACUGUGAAUGGCAAGUUUCCAGGGCCGACCCUUUAUGCUCACAAAGGAUCUACUCUUAUUGUUGAUGUCUAUAACAAAGGGAAGUACAACCUCACUAUUCACUGGCAUGGAGUGAAACAACCGCGGAAUCCCUGGUCAGAUGGUCCUGAAUACAUCACCCAGUGUCCAAUCCAACCGGGCUCUAAAUUCAGACAAAAAAUAGUACUUUCUGAUGAAGAAGGUACUAUUUGGUGGCACGCGCAUAGUGCUUGGGCGCGUGCCACAGUUCAUGGCGCCAUUGUUGUUUACCCGAAGCCCGGUACUAGUUAUUCGUUUCCCAAGCCUCAUGCUGAAAUACCAAUUAUUUUAGGUGAGUGGUGGAAGGACAGUGUUGUGGAGGUUUUAAAGGAAUUUACUGCCUCAGGAGGUCAGCCUAGGAAUUCUGAUGCUUUUAUGAUUAAUGGUCAGCCUGGUGAUUUUUAUCCAUGUUCAAAACAUGGAACUUUCAAGCUAGAAAUUAAGUCUGGGAAGACUUAUCUGCUAAGAAUUCUUAAUGCUGCAAUGAAUGAAAUUCUCUUUUUCGCGAUUGCAAAGCACAAAUUAACAGUGGUUGGAACAGAUGGAAGCUACACAAAGCCAUUGACAAGGGAUUAUAUCGCGAUAAGUCCUGGACAGACACUUGACUGCCUGUUUAAAGCCAAUCAAGAACCUAAUUUUUACUAUAUGGCUGCUAGAGCAUAUACUAAUGGGACUAAUGUCCAAUUUGAUAACACAACAACCACAGCCAUUGUAAAAUAUGAAGGAAAUUACUUGAUUUCUUCACCUCUUUCACUGCCUUAUUUACCUUCUUAUGGUAACACACCUGCAGCUGUUGAUUUCAGUGGCAACCUAAGAAGUUUAGCUUCUAAACACCAUCCGAUAUCCGUCCCACUUAAAGUGAAAACAAGGUUGGUUUCAACUGUUUCAAUUAACUUAUUGCCUUGUCCUAUAAACGGUACAAAUGUUACAACAUGCCAAGGACCAAACGGGACACGAUUAUCGGCUAGUAUGAACAACAUAAGUUUUUUGACACCAACAUAUAACAUACUAGAGGCCUAUUAUUAUCACAUUAAGGGUGUGUUUGGGACCGAAUUUCCUAGUUUUCCACCAUAUGUAUUUAAUUACACUGCUGAUAUCCUGCCUUUAGAACUCGAGUUACCUGAAUUCGGGACACAAGUGAAAGUGUUGGAGUAUAAUACAACAGUUGAGUUGGUACUGCAGGGGACUAAUUUGGUCACUGGCUUAGACCAUCCAAUGCAUCUUCAUGGGUACAAUUUUUACGUUGUUGGUUGGGGAUUGGGAAAUUUUAACGAAAAACAGGAUCCUCAGAACUAUAAUCUUGUUGAUCCUCCUCGAAGAAACACCGUUGCUAUCCCUAGAAAUGGUUGGAUUGCCAUUAGAUUCAGGGCAGAUAACCCGGGAGUUUGGAUUAUGCAUUGCCAUAUUGAGCGCCAUCUUACAUGGGGGAUGCAGACAGUGUUUAUAGUGAAAAAUGGACACAGGCCAGAACAACGCAUUUUCUCUCCUCCUCAGGACAUGCCACCUUGCUAAUUUUCCUGACAUAUUGCUAAAAUAUUUAUAAUAUAGUGAUUAUUUUAGGGAAGGAAACUAUCCUGAUAAAUAAUUUGUGGAGUUAUGAUAGGAUACCAUUUGAAACUGAAAUUAGUUUUCAUAUGUAAAUUUGCAACUGUUAAAUUUGACAUGAAU